UUUCUCACUUACCCUGGAACCACGGAGCCUAAUGUGUUUUCCUGCCUCUCCUCCCUUUCUGCCAGUAUCUGUGGCACAGUCCUCAGCACACCAAGAAAUGAGAAAAAUACCAAGUAAUGGGAAUCUGAAGAUGACGAAGGUGGCGUACCCCCUGGGACUGUUUGUGUGCCUGUUCAUCUAUGUCGCCUACAUCACGUGGCACUGGGCCUCCGCCACCCAGGCUUUCUUCAGCAUCACCAAGGCGGCCACAGGGCCCUGGAGGGGCCAGCAGGCCCGCAGUCCGCUGGGGACGGCUGCACAUGGUCACGAGGUCUUCUACGGUGUCAUGUUUGACGCAGGAAGCACUGGCACCCGCGUGCACAUCUUCCACUUUACCAGGCGGCCCGGAGAAACUCCUAUCUUGACCCAUGAAACCUUCAAAGCACUGAAGCCAGGUCUUUCUGCUUAUGCUGAUGACGUUGAAAAGAGCACUCUGGGAAUUCAGGAAUUACUGGAUGUUGCUAAACAAGACAUUCCUUUUAACUUCUGGAAGGCCACCCCCUUGGUCCUCAAGGCCACAGCCGGUUUACGCCUGUUACCAGGAGAAAAGGCUCAGAAAUUACUGCAAAAGGUGAAAGAAGUGUUUAAGGCAUCGCCUUUCUUUGUGGAGGAUGACUGUGUGUCCAUCAUGAACGGAACGGAUGAAGGCGUUGCAGCCUGGAUCACCAUCAACUUCCUGACAGGCAGUUUGAAAACCCCAGGAAGGAGCAGUGUGGGCAUGCUGGAUUUGGGCGGAGGGUCCACUCAGAUCACCUUCCUUCCGAGAGUUGAGAGCACCCUCCAGACCGCCCCGCCUGGCCACCGGACGUCGCUCCAGAUGUUCAACAGAACCUACAAGCUCUAUUCCUACAGCUACCUGGGGCUCGGAUUGAUGUCUGCGCGGCUGGCGAUUCUGGGCGGCAUGGAGGGGACCCCUGCUGAGGAUGGAAAGGAGUUGGUCAGCCCUUGCCUGUCUCCUGGUUUCAGAGGAGAGUGGGAACAUGCUGAAAUAACAUACAGGAUCUCAGGACAGAAGGCAGCAGUGAACCUCCACGAGCUGUGCGCCAGCAGAGUGUCAGAAAUCCUUCGAAGUCAAGUGCACAGGACAUCAGAAGUGAAGGGUGUGGAUUUCUAUGCUUUUUCCUACUACUACGACCUUGCAGCAAACGUUGGCCUCAUAGAUGCAGAGAAGGGAGGCAGCCUCAUCGUCGGAGACUUUGAGAUUGCAGCCAAGUACGUGUGCCGGACGGCGCAGACCCAGCCACAGAGCAACCCCUUCCUGUGCAUGGAUCUCACCUACGUCAGCUUGCUGCUCCAAGAAUUCGGCUUCCCAGGAAACAAGGUUCUGAAGCUGACUCGGAAAAUCGACAAUGUUGAGACCAGCUGGGCUCUGGGGGCCAUUUUUCAUUACAUCGACUCCCUGAACAGACGGAAGAGUCCGGUCUCCUAGCAGCCGAGCUGCCCUGGCGGUCCUUACAGAAGCGGUUUCAUCUCCAUAACAGACCCCUUUGGGGUCCCUGGACGUGUUAGGAGGAGGCCACAGUUGGGCUGCAACCUCCCUCCCCUCGGCCCUGCAGACCUGCCCUGGAUGGGCAGAGGGCUGGAGCACGGCCCAGGCCCAGUACCGCCUCCUACGUGUUGGCUCCAGGUGGGCAGUGAACCAGACAGGGCAGAGGGCACACGCAAGGCCCGGGCAGCGCGGGCCCGCUGUCCCCCGCUGUCACUGUCUACAGUGUUGAGGCGUCCGUGACAGGCGUCCCUGUGACGGGCACCUUGUUUUGUCUCCCUGCUCCUGUCUCCCCCGCCCCCACGGCAGCCCUCCACCUUCUCCCCUAGAAUCAGUCAGGAGGUUGCCCAGGCUGUUGUGGCUGCUCUCAGGGUGGGCCGAGUGGGAACCACUGCACCUUCUGGGAGGGGGUUGGGCGGGACACUGAACUCUGGACUUGAGCCUGUUUGUCUCUUCCUUGGGUGUGGAUAUGCGAAGUCAUCCAGAGGCCUGUUUCCUCAGUCCUGGGUGGCUCAGGCUAACUGUUGGCGUGGACACUAGGACUAGGAAGAGGGGCCAGGGAAAAUACCUCUCUGUGGCCUUUGUGUGCCCUGGCUCUUCAAAGAAAGUCUAAACAUGAGCUGAACUGCUGU